GAAAUUCCGGCGCUAGUCGAGUGCGGAGCGCGCUCGUGGCCGCUUCCCAAACUGACGGUUCCUCCUGGUUCCUCUUCCGGGUUACCAAAAAUAUGAUCAGUUGAAUUGAGUGUCGUGUCACGUGUAUCUUCAAUAAUACACAAUGCCGAUAGGCAGCGUAAACAAGGAACCGGCAGUCAAGCGGGAGACCUUCAGACCGCCGUGGGUGAAGGAUAAGGACGCAGCAGCUCCGCCGCCAUGGACUCAGAGGAAAUUGAAACCAGUGGAGACACCAGCAAAGGCUGACAAGGCUGAGGCUAAAGAGCAAUCGGCUCCAGUCCCAGCGGCAAAACCAUUGAAGCCCGUUUUAAAAAAACAGUCGACAGUAAAGGAAAAAUCUGAAAAACCAGAAAAUGGUGUAUCCGAGACAGUGGAAGAAAAACUUGUAAAACCGUCAGCAGCGAAAUCCGCUGACAAGGCGUCAAGACCAGCAGAUGAAAAACCUAGAUUUACAAAAUCUUCAUUAAGAUCAGUCGAUAAGUCACCUAAAACUGAAGAUAAAAACUCAAAUGAGAAGGCUCCAGAGAAACCUACACUCAGGAGUGUGAGAACAAUUGAUGGUGACAAAACGAAAGAUAAGUCAGUAACAAUCGUAGACAAGAAAAAUAGUACAUCAAAAACAAAUAAUACUGUAGCAAAUGAUAAAACUCCAAAUGACAAAAGUGUUACAAACUCAACAAGCAAAACUCCAGAGACAAAGCCACUUCUUAAGAAAACUGAUACAACAAAAGUAGAACAGAAGGACGACUCAAAAAUGGCCACAAAGCCACCGAUCGAAAAACCUACUACAAAGUUGCCUCCGCGCAAGCCAUCCCUUGCAAAACAAGGAUCAAAGGAUGAACCAGUCAAGAAAUGGAGGGAUCCUCUACACGAGCGGGUCAAGGAAAACAUCGAUAAGACACUUAAUGAAGUUCCUAAAGGACAUACGCUGACAAAGAAUGAAAGUUUAAGAAGCUUGUUGAAACCAACGCCACCACCAAUGCCGCCACCACUGCCACCGAAAAUGCCUCCUCCACCCGAAUUCAAAAAAAGUCCAUUAGAUCCAGAGAAGUUGAAAAAGUUGGAAAGCCUUCGAAGCAGACCUAGAAGGCGGCCUGACUGGAGUGACAUGAUGAAAGAAGUAGAAGAAGGCAAAAAAUUGAAAAAAGUCGUUUGCAAUGACAGAUCAAGCCCAAUUAUUACAAAAACAGCAGUAGUAAAAAAUAAAGACCAAUUUAUAUUUGAAUCAGAGAAACCAAACUCACACAACGCUCUAUUAAAAGAAAUCAAUACGGGCAUUAAGCUAAAGAAAACUAAAACAAAUGACAGGAGCAAACCCAAUUUGGAAGGUUUAAGGAAGUUUAGAAGGCAAAUGACUAUUGAAGAACAGGUUCAAAAGUCAAUGUCUCAAGCUAAUCUAUUAUCGGCGUCUCCUUCGGGAGUCUCAAUAGCAGGAGGAGUAGCAGAGGUCCCUGGUGCAGAAGAAGAAGAUAUCGAUGAGAUGGAUGAUAUUGAUAAAGUCAGAGACGACCUUCAAUCAACAAAACAAUUGCUAGCAAUUGAACUUAGGAAUAAGGAAGCUCAAGAAAGAGAAAAUAAACGACUGCUAACGAAAAUACAAAAUCUUGAAGCUGAAUUGGCAAGAGAACGUGCAAUUAUAAGACAGGAACAACAUAAGACGGUUAUAUCAGUUACAGAUGCUUACGAUGAGAGACUGGUGAACAGCCUUAAAUCGGAAGUAGAUAGGGCUAAAGACACAGCAGAUAACUUGGAAAAGCAAUAUCUGCAAGCCGCAGAAGACAGGGACACGGCACUAACAGAACUGGAGGAAGUAAAACGAAAGAAUGCAGAAUUAGAAAAGAAAUUAGAACAGGCACUACAGGGUAUAAUGCCUACAAAUAUGGGUUCAAGGAGAUCAAGUCACGCAAUCAAACAGCUUUCGGUUACCAGAGACGACAGUUUCGAGGAGGAAGAGGAAUCGGAGCCUGAAGAGGAGGAGAGUGAAGAAAAGAAACAAAAGCGAAUGGAAAAAGAAGUACGCAAUAUGAAAAACAAAAUCCGACACCUAAAAGAAAAACAAGACCUUAUGAAGCGCGAAAGAAUGGCCUUUAAAAUGUCCCUCAAAAACCAACAACUGGCGUUGAAAGACGAGAAGAAGAAAUACAAAGAAUUAAAGCGCGAAGUAGACAAAAUGGCAGCCAUGAUGAAAGAAGUGGGCUCAGACGAGGAAGAGGAGGAAGAGGAAUCAGAGGAAGAGGAGGAGGAGGAGAAGAUUGAAACCGAAGAGGAAACUGAAACUGAGACCGAGCAGGAGACGGAGAGCGAAACGGAGAGUGAGAGUGAACCUGAGGACGCUCCAUUGCCGAAAAAGAAGGACAACCUCACGACUAGGCUGAAGCGGCACGAGGCCAGAGUGACCGCUCUAAAGAAAGGCAAUGCUCUACUGAUGGCUAAUGUGGACAGACUGAAGGAUGACGUGCUGAAGCAGAGAGAAGAGUCCCUGACACUCAAGAAUGAACUAGAUUCUCUUAUUUGCGAACUUGAGUAAUAGCGAAGGCAACUGCCAAAGGUUUCACCUGUUUUUAGAUUUGUUAUAUGGGAUUUGGCUAUAAUGGCUCAUUAAAGCCAUAAAAUAAAACUAUUUAACACAUUUGAUAGGCAUGACAGGGGAAACCUAUGCUGGCGCCAUCUGCAAAAAGCUUCACUUGGCCAACCCUAUUAAUGCAAUUUGUCUAAGAUAAUAAUAACUACAGAAAUUGACUUAUGACAUGACAUGAAAUUGUUCCAUAAAUAACUAGAUAAGAUUAAUUUGCAAUGCCCUACCAGGGUGCCAUGUGUUCUACAAACAUUAUUGUAACAACUUUAUUAUGUACCAUGGUUCGCAAUAAACGGUUCUAUUCUAUUCUAUUCAUGAAGUUAUCAAGUAGGUAACUAACAGAUAAAAUAUCAUGCAUGUUUCAUUGGAAUUUUAUUUUUCAUAAAGCUUGAAUUAUAAGAUUUAUAAUAUAAGGUUCUAACCUACUCUCAAGAGUCUCAAGUGACCUUAUGCGGCGUCUAAAUUAAAUACUCUUAAUUGGUUUCAAAAAUUAAAUGCCGUUGGCAUUAUAAGCAAAUAUUCAAUAAAUUGAGAUUAUGUUGUGUGAACAUUUUUAAACAUUACAUUUUUGGCUGCUGAUAAAGUAGGUAAUACUUUUUCUAUAAAUAACAAAGAAUAUGGUAAUAAAUAACUAGUAUAAUUAUUAUUAUUUUUAUACCACAUCGGUGGCAAACAAGCAUACGGCCCGCCUGAUCGUAAGCAGUCACCGUAGCCUAUAAUUAUUAAUUAUUGUAUAAUUAUUUUACCAUAAAUUUACUAAAACUCAAUUGCCAGCUAUUUAUGUGUUUAUUCCAUUACUUUAAUCAACUUUAAUGGAAUAAAAGAAAUAGAAUAACAAUUGAAAUGUUGAACAUAUCAUGCCGCAAAUUAAAAUAUAACCAGAAGUUUAAACUAAAAACUAAUACUAAAUAAAAUUAGAAUAUGUCUAAGAAAUAUGGCCCCUUUGGCAUGGUGUCAAGGAUGCUGACAGCAUUUCCCCACUAUAUUGUGAUACUAAUACGUUAGUAUUCGUUUUUAGUUUUAUUUUAUAGAUAAGUUAGUUUUUUUUAUGUACUUACCAUAUAUAUUGUAGAAUUUGUAGAUCAUAAUUUAUUGUAUGAAUAAAUGCAAUAAAUACAUAUGACUAGACUUUAUGUCAAUCAAAAAUUAUAAUUGCUUGAAAAAUAUUAAUACUUAUAAUUACUAAUUUAAAUACCUACUUAUUGUUUUAACCCUUUUAGGGUGCAAAUUUAUUUAAAUCCUUUUCAUCUAUUUUACAUGUUAAGCAUAUGUAUUAUCAGUAUUUUUAUGAAUAAAACUGCAAAACUACUAGGUAGUAUAAUGUGUCAGAUUUACCACAUUAUUAUUGCAUCUAUUUUUAUGCAGGUAUACACUAAUUGGAUAAAAAUUAUGUGAUUUGUAUAUAAUAUUGACACAUACAUAUAAGAUAAUCUCUAAUAUAAUGCCUAAUUUGUAUUGCCGAAGGAAAACAAUAAACUUUUUUUAA